GGCGAAAAUUAAAAAGAAGGCGAAAACAGAGCCUCGGUAGGCCUUCGGUGAAGACCUGUACGUAGUGGGUGAAGCGCCCAGCAAAAACUGCCUUAAAGUCGCAGGAACAUGACUCCUGAAGCUAAACUUUUACCUCUCUUAAAUUUUAAUAAAUUUGUUUAUUUUACAGGGAAUGGGUUCACGCCUUGUUGAACGUGUCAGACGUUCUCUCUCUCGGACUGGAAAAAAGCGAAGUCACAGUAGGGAUGAGGGGACUCCCUUGUCAAUGAGUUUAGUUGCAGCAACCGGCAAUGAAACAACUACUUUAAUGUCUUCAUCGACAGCCGCGAGUAUUAAUGGAUAA